CUCCAUGCGAGACUAGCCGCAACGGGCCGGUUGAGUCUUAUAAUGCUCAGCCCAUUUCACUACCCUCACGCGACCGCGCACACAACCUCAAAAUGUCUUCCACGAGCUCGUCCGACGCGGAUUCUCUAUAUGGACUGCCUGCGUCGCUACUUACAAAGCGCAAGCGCAUGUACAAUGAACGACCGGAUGAUACGGGCAAAAAGAUGCGAGCUGGUGGCAUAAAUGAACCGUUGGAGGUUGACGGAAACACAGCGCAGCAGGAGGUAUUGGAAGACGCAGACGACGAGGCCUCGCAGUCAUCAGGCAACGAGACCUCUAGAUCGCUAGACAAGAAAACCGCAGCCCCGUCCGGUGUGGAAAAGGAAGGUACGACUACUCGAGCCCCAGCUAAACGAAAGCGCAACAUCGGUGAACAGUCCGAUGGUCCAAACAAAACGAAUCGGACGGACGAGAUAGGCAAACCAAAACGCCAAGGUCGAGACGACAGGCCGCCCGAUUCUGCAGACGCGCAACUGGCAAGCAUCAUAUUCCACUUCGACAAGGCAGACGUCGACCCCGACGGAAAGUUCGAUAGCCUUGUGGACCUUCUCCAAACCACCACCCUCAAUGAACCGCCCUCCCUAUUCGCCAAAUACAACCACUGGAUCCUCGCUCACCCGUGCGACCUCCUCAACCGGGCUCUCCCCGAUGACCCGGCAACCGUCGACGAGUUAAGUCGGUUCAUGUGUGACGAAAUCGUGCGCAUGUACGCAGACCCGCUUCGGGCUUCGAAGUUCAAGCCGCCGCUUCCUCCUACGUGUCAUCCUUGCUUCCCAUUCUGGAUGGAAGAGCAUCCGGCGAAUGACGUUAUAAGGAAAAUGUGGCCGGACGUGCGGUACAGAGAGGACGCACUGAAGAAAAAACGCACGGAUUCUCCCAUGCAAGGCCAGAAAGACAGCAUUUACGAUGCUAGAGGCUCACCGAUAUCGCCUAAUCCUCUCGCCGAACAUCCCGACUUCAAUGGCCCGGGGUAUAGGGUUGAAGAUAUGGGCAUAGCGUGGCAUCUUCUUCCUGAUUUGUAUGCCGGACGAAUCGUCGCACUUAAGCGUGCCUGUAAGCCGUGAAUAUAGUCCCCAGAACAUACAUAUAUGAAUAUAUGGC